AUGCCGCCGGCCCCCAGCUGCGACUGCCCCCACCUGGACUGCGUGGGGGAGAUCACCAAAGAGGAACUCAUUCAAAAGUCACACGGCCAGUGUCAAGAUUGUAAAGUUGGAGGACCAAAUUUAUGGGCGUGUUUGGAGAAUGGCUGCGCGUAUGUCGGCUGCGGAGAAUCCCAUGCAGACCACAGCACGGGACACUCACAGGAAACGGGCCACAACCUGACAGUAAACCUGACCACGCUACGAGUGUGGUGUUACGCCUGUGGCAAGGAAGUCUUCCUGGACCGUAAACUAGUUCCUCCGCCCCUCCAGUCCAACAGCAAGCCUGUUGCCGCUUCUCAGCAGGCUAGCAACAGAACCUCGCCCGUGAGCCCCGUCUCCCUCCACGUGACCCCUAACGGCGUCUGUGAAGACCUGGAAAUGGAGAUGGAGGAAGAGGAUGACGCGCAUGUUCGAGGCUUGACUGGACUGAAAAACAUUGGCAACACAUGCUACAUGAACGCCGCCCUCCAGGCUUUGUCCAACUGUCCACCUUUGACACAGUUCUUCCUGGAGUGCGGCAGCCUGGUGAGGACAGACAAGAAGCCAGCGCUCUGCAAGAGCUACCAGAAACUCGUGUCCGACUUGUGGCACAAGAACAGGCCCUCCUACGUGGUCCCGACUAAUCUGUUCCAGGGAAUCAAAGCCAUAAACCCAAUGUUCAGAGGAUACUCUCAGCAGGACUCGCAGGAGUUUCUGCGGUGCCUGAUGGACCAGCUGCACGAAGAGCUAAAGGAGACUCUGCCCGAGCCGUACGACUCGUCCGGCGGCGUCACGGUGGAAGACCCGCCCAAGGAGGAUAACCACAACCAAUCGGACAGCAGCGAUUUCCAGUCGUGCGAUUCGUGCGCGUGCAGCGACCGGGCCGACAACGAAUCGCAGCACGCCGGUCCACCCGCCGUCAUCGUCGGCGUGGACAACGAGGCCGAGAUGCUGAUUCCCGAGCGAGAUGACAUCCAGGCCAACAGGGAGUGGCAGAAGGAAAAGAACAUGAUCAACGACAUAUACCGCGGCGGGGAGAACACUGUGCCGGACAUGGAUAAAGAUGUGGACACCGCUUCUGAAAACACGCCCAUUAUCAGUAGUCAGGGACACAUUAAGACGCAAAGCAGGACAUCAGAGUCCUUUCCAGACAUCCAAAUGUCCAACAUCAUAAGACCACAAAGUCCAGUCCCUAUGGAGGUCCAUAAAAUGUCCAGCAGCCCACCCAAAACUUCCUCUGUGUGGCCCAGCCUCAAUACCGCACACAAGAAAGCAAUGACCACAUUCUCCCCAGCCAAGACCAAAUGUCAGAAAAGGUACCGCAGCGUCAUCUCGGAUGUGUUCGACGGGACCAUUAUGAGCUCCGUGCAGUGUCUCACCUGUGAUCGGGUGUCUGUCACGCUGGAGAACUUCCAGGACAUCUCUUUGCCCAUCCCGGGCAAGGAAGACCUGGCUAAGCUGCACUCCGCCACCCAUCAAACGUCUCUGGUUAAAGCCGGAUCCUGCGGGGAAGCAUAUGCGCCACAGGGCUGGAUCGCGUUCGUUAUGGAAUAUAUCAAAAGCUGGUUCUGGGGUCCAGUGGUUACGCUACAAGAUUGUCUGGCAGCCUUUUUUGCUAGGGAUGAGCUGAAAGGUGACAACAUGUACAGCUGUGAAAAGUGCAAGAAGUUGCGAAAUGGAGUCAAAUUUUGCAAAAUGCAAAGUUUGCCAGAGAUUCUGUGCAUCCAUCUGAAGCGAUUCAGGCACGAACUCAUGUUCUCCACCAAGAUCGGCACCCACGUAUCUUUCCCGCUGGAGGGUUUGGAUUUACAGCCCUUCCUAGCUAAGGACAGCUCGGCGCAGAUUGCCAACUACGACCUGCUGUCGGUCAUCUGCCACCACGGCACUGCCAGUAGUGGCCAUUACAUCGCUUAUUGCAGGAACAACCUCAACAAUCUUUGGUAUGAGUUUGAUGACCAAAGUGUGACGGAGGUGCCAGAAUCUUGCGUUCAAAAUGCCGAGGCUUAUGUGCUUUUCUACAAGAAGAGCAACGGGGACGCACCGAAGGAGCGCAGAAGGGUGUCUGGCUUGCUCAACAUGAUGGAGCCCAGCUUGCUUCAGUUCCACAUCUCCCGUCAGUGGCUCAACAAGUUCAAAACCUUCGCCGAGCCAGGCCCCAUUUCCAACGACGACUUCCUGUGCUCGCACGGAGGCGUGCCCCCCAACAAAGCUGCCUAUAUUGAUGACCUCGCUGUCGUGUUACCUCAGAAUGUGUGGGAUCACCUCUACAGCAGGUACGGGGGAGGACCCGCCGUCAACCAUCUGUACGGCUGCAACACAUGCCAGAUUGAGGUGGAGAAACUGGAGAAGCGGCGCAAAUCGGAGCUGGAAAUGUUUGUCCGGCUGAACAAGGCCUUCCAGGAUGAGGAGUCUCCCGUGGUCAUAUACUGCAUCAGCAUGCAGUGGUUCCGCGAGUGGGAGGGUUUUGUGAAAGGGAAAGACAACGAUCCACCAGGACCCAUUGAUAAUUCCAAGAUAGCAGUGAACAAGAGUGGUCAUUUAACAAUCAAACAAGGGGCCGACUCGGGCCAGAUCUCCGAAGAGACGUGGCUCUUCCUUCACGCCAUCUACGGCGGCGGACCUCUGGUGACGGUGAGACCGAGCGUGGUCACCGGCCACCAGGAAGCGGACCCUUCCCACCAGUCUGAGGAAAAGAUCGAAGUGGAGACGCGCUCGCUUUAA